CGACAGGACUUGGGCGGUUUGCAUGCUUUACUCGGCAUGUUGUAGCGGUCUAUGGACAGGGCUGUUAAUUUAUCCUACUUGAAUUCAUAUCAUUCUGACAGUUAACUGCUCGAGAUCCGCCGAACUCCGUGCAUCCCAUCCCACCAUGCCUCGAGUCGUCAACCCACCCACAAAGAGCCAGCAUGGCCGUCGUGGCAGCUCCAGGCACGAUACCACACCUCAUAAAUCUACCACCAUGAAAAUCCCCCUAAACGAUGAUGCGGGUGAAAAGGUUGCCCGCCUCCAGUCCCGCCAGGCACUGCAUGAUAUGCAGAUGAACCAAAUCAAAGCUGCCGUCAAAACCCCCAUGCCUCCACGAAGGAUGAAUUACGAAGGAGCCUCUGCCAGUCCCCGUACGCCUCGCGCUUCGAUGCGCGGACGAGAAAGCGAUGUUGAUGCCCUUGGGAGAGCGGUGACACCCAUGAAACGUGUCCCAAUCCUCGCCAAUUUUGAAGAAUGGAUGAAGAUGGCCACAGAUAACAAGAUCAACGCUACGAAUUCGUGGAAUUUUGCCUUGAUCGAUUACUUCCAUGAUAUGUCUCUUUUGAAAGAAGGAGAUGGUGUGAAUUUUCAGAAAGCUAGUUGCACCCUUGAUGGCUGCGUUAAAAUUUAUACUAGUCGAGUCGAUAGUGUUGCGACCGAAACCGGCAAAUUGUUGAGCGGUUUAGCGGAAUCGAAUAACACCAACAAAAGAAGACAUCAAAAUGAAGAGGCCAUUGAUGAAGACGGAGAGGAGGAAGAGGAAGAGACAGGUGAAGACGGUGUUAGAAGGAAAACGCGAAAGAAGGUUGCCCGAUCGCAUGAGGCCACCUUGGCUCCAUCCUUUGCUUCUAUACAGUUAAAGAAGUUUGAACUAGAAUUUGCAGUGGAUCCUCUGUUUAAAAAGGCCUCUGCGGACUUCGAUGAAGGGGGUGCCAAAGGAUUGCUUUUGAAUCACCUUUCAAUUGAUAGCCGUGGGAGGAUUGUGUUUGAUAGUAGCGACGAUGUUGAUGAUGCUGCCGCUGCCGGAGAAGACCGAGAACAGACCACAGAACCAGAAGGAUCAAAAUCCCCGACACCGAGGCCUCAAACGGCCAAUUCCAUGGACGAAAUUGUCGAGAUUGAUUUGGGUCCAUUGGCAAAUAAAUUCUUCCCAGACCUGGAUAUCCUCGCCGAGCAGGAUAUCUGCCCGUCACUGAAAAACCUCGAUUUCGGAGAUGAAAGCGCAACACUGGACAUCCCAUUCCUGCGCGCUCCAGAGGAUUGGCGCCAAGACAACCCCCAGCCAGAACAAGGCCUAAGAGAAGCAUCCGGUAUAAUGCUGGAUGAUGACAUUGCCAUUGGGUUUGACGAUGACGAUGGGACCGUUUCGGGCUUUGAUAUUGGUGAAGACGCUGGAUUUGGCGAGGGUGGUGAAGCUUGGGCAAGGGAAGCUGCACUCGAACCGAUGCUACAGGUUCACCGUGUGGAUGCCGGUGAUGGGGAUAAUAAUGAUACGUUAGGUGGCGUUCUGGAUUCUACAGAAGACGAUCCCUAUAAAAUUUCGCUAUCGCAUCAGCCUGCGAAUCGAGAUCAUGAAAAUAUUCUAAGCUAUUUUGACAACGCUUUGCGAAAGGAUUGGGCCGGUCCGGAACACUGGAAGAUUCGAAGAAUAAAGGAGACAGCGGCGUCAAAUUCAAAUUCGGCUCCACGGCAACGGAAAGAAAAGGAGCCGUUUGAAAUCAAUUUUUCGUUGCCUCUCGAUCCUGCUGUUGCAGAAAUGAUCUACACUCAAACAAGUUCCAAUUCUGUCAUCUCCUUACCAAAGUCGCAGUGGAAAACCAAAGGACGGAAUCUUUUACCGGACGACAAGCAUUUCAACUCUCGAAAUUUGCUACGAUUGUUCUUGAAGCCAAAGGCAAGAAUGGGUUUCCAUGCGAGAAAUAGGUCCCGGCAAAAUAAUAACCGCCCCCAAAAUGGCUUCUCCUCGCCAAACAACGGUGAAAUUGACGAGGCAUUCUGGGCAACGCAAAAGCCGGGAAUGGAUCAAGCCAACACGGACGACUGUGCCGGCCCUACCGGCACAUACGAUGCUGAUUUCUUUGCCGAUGAUGACGGACUAGCCUUCCCUCACGGAUUACCUAUGGGAGGGGAAGACGACGAUGACAAUCUACCGUUUGCGGAUGCCAGGGAAGCGUUCUCACCUCCUAUGGAUCCAAACGCUCCCCAAGGGGCCUCUGUAGGUGGGACCGGAGGACUUUCGGGCAUAAGUGCCCUGCUCAACAGCGUGACUACUCCUGGUACCGUCUUAGGUGGAGGAUUUGGCUCCCAGCUAGUGACACAAGGCGGUCGGCGUGUCCGUCCGGACUAUGUUGCUUAUGCUCGCGUGGCGAAGAAAGUCGAUGUACGGCGGUUGAAAGAAGUGAUGUGGAAAGGGAUGGGGAAUCGGUUGAUUGCAUCCUCGUCAUUUAGUUCAGCUUCUCCUUCAGCUGCGGUCACAGCAGCUCCUUCGAAACCCAUACCGGAGCCAAGUACUCCAGCUGCUAAUCUCAAUCCUAGAUCCCCGGAUCAAUCUAGUUCCCAAGCAACAAGUGAGCUAAACGAAAACCUACGUUUUACAGAUAUUAUGAAUGGCUUAAAAGGAUCUUAUCCUGAGCAAGCUAUGCGUGAUAUCAGUACGUCAUAUUGCUUCAUCUGCUUGCUCCAUUUGGCGAAUGAAAAAGGAUUGGUUCUUGAAAAUAAAGGUGGAUUUGAAGGAAAUUGGGACGGGAGGUUGGAAGAGAUUUUUGUCAGCAAAGACGCAGGUGCGGUGAUUGAGGGCGAGGUAUAACACCGCCCGGAAGAUAGCAUGGGUGCGUUUACCCUGUUAUGGAGAGGCGCGCCCACUUUUCUUUUUUUAUGUUCAUCGGUUCGGUGGAGGUGUAGGGUGGGUUGGGAUGGCUCACGGCCGUUUCUUCUUGUAAACUUUGGUUGUUCGGAGUGUCCAUUGAGGAUGGUGUUGCAUAUGUCACUCUGCCAGGUAAUAAUAUACUGGUUUUUGGUUCAAGGUAUAUAA